AUGCCUCAUUGCGCCAGAAUACGCAGACGAGAGGUUGCUAUCGCAACCUGGCCCUCGGGUGAUCAGGCCUGCUCCAAAGCCAGCCAGGGGGAGACAGCCCUGUUUGACCGUAGCCAGUUACCUGGACCAAGACGGCUCUUUAUAGCUACCGCAAUGUCCGGUAGAGAAGCGAUAUGCCUCCCAAUUGGGCCAAAAAGACCUGAUCAGCUCGGCUCUCUCCAAGCCACAGCGCCUACAACACCUCGAUACGCACCCGCUACCGGUACUACUGUACGAUCGCAUCAGAGUGAGGCUGGACGACGGUUGAGUGAAGAAUCCAACAUCGCAGCCAAGAGUGUCGAUCACCAUGUUGGCAGCCGCAUGAACGCACUCGAAACUCUAAGCCACAAUCUACGCGUGUCCGUUUCAGAUCGAAGGAUCUCAUCCAAGCUCAUGUACAUACAUUCGCCUUCGAAAUAA